AAGUCCCACAUGGCUCCGCAGUGCUUCCACAGUGAAUAUUUUGACAGUCUGCUGCACACUUGCAAACCUUGCCACCUUCGAUGUUCCAGCCCUCCCGUACCCUGUCAGCCUUACUGUAAUCCAAGUGUGACAGGUUCAACGAAAGGGGUACAAAUUGUUCUUUGGACCUUCUUGGGCUUGACCUUGAUUGUUUCUUUGGUACUUUUUGCGCUCACGUUCUUGCUGAGGAAGAUGAAUUCUGAAGCACUGAAGGACAAACUUCAAAACCCAGGUCAGUUUGAUGGACCCGUUCUGUUGGACAAGGCCAAUAAUGACCUGAUGCACAGCAGGGUUGGUGACGUCAGGGUUCUUCCCCGAAGCCUGGAGUGUACAGUGGAAGACUGUACCUGUGAGGACUGUGUCAACAGCAACCCAAAGGCUGAUUCUGACCAUUUCUUCCCGCUUCCAGCCAUGGAGGAGGGUGCUACCAUUCUUGUCACCACGAAAACGAGUGACUAUAACAACAGUGUGCCAACGGCUUCGGGGAGUGUCACAGAGAUGGAGAAACCAACUCAUUCUAAAGAAUGAACCUGUCUGGUAUAAAGCCAUUUUGAGAACCUUUGUUACAGGGAGAGCUGAUGCUUUUGAUAUCUUUAGGAUGACUGUAUAUCCGCUGGGAAUAUAGCUUUCUGUCCUUUAAUUCUGAAAACUCUUUACAUCAGACCCAUUCCCCAUCUUAUCGUUGGGAACUUAACUGUGGAAGUUUCUUUGGUUUUAUGAUUGAAGUUUUGAUUCUCUCUUA